UGGGCCGCCGAAGCAGAGCGCAUGAAUUUAACCACUCAGCCAUGGGGCUGGCCCCAAAAGUAUAGUCUUUAUUCAAGGUGGCAGUGCAGCAGCUAAAAAUUAUUUUGAGAAGAGGAAAAUAAAUACUGGAAAAUAACUAGUAAUCACCACACUUGACCCCUUUGGCCACUCAAAUAUCCUAAGCUUUUCUUCCCAUACAUAGAAUGUAUUCACCUCUUCUCUCCUCUGUUCAUUUCCUGAAUCCAGCUCAAAGUCCAUUAUCUCCGGGGAAUGUGCAGCCCUCUCUAUCAGGUCUGGUUGUGGCUCCUCCUGGUCUGGAAUUCUAUGAACUGCCAUCCGCCUCAUAUAUACACAUUCAGUAUACAAAGGAAACUCCCAUCCUUAAAAAGGAAAGGAUGAGGACUGGUUCCAACCAGUUAUCAAAUCCUCUUGGGAAGGAAUGAGAAAGCUCCUUGAUGUGGCGAUUUAGUAAGUCCACCAGUUUAUUCGGCCCUCAGCUCUGCCCUCUCUGUUUCCCUGGCAUUGCCUUAUAGAUUGUUCCUUAGCUAUUAUCUUCUGUGGCUGCCUCUGACAUGGGCUCUGGGGAGUAGGCCCCCCUUGGGGGCUGCACACCUUCCACAACCUACUCUAUUUUGAUUAGGUUAGGAACCUGAGAGUUCCUUUAGGGGGUCAUCAAUUACAGGUUUUUUUUCUGGGGGGAGUUGGGAUUUCUUUGGCAGUUUUUUAAAUAAAAUUCACAGGUCUGCAGUCUUUUUGCUUCUGGUCAUUCCAUGAGCAAGAUCUCAUCUACAGUUAGUUUUUAAGGCUGAAAACUCUGGUCUUUUAUUUACUGCUUCUGUGCUCUACCCAUGGAGCUCCCUCAAUUUAAGGGUGCUUACCUUGAGACCAUUUGAAAUAACAUGCUGGACUGGGAAGGCAACACCCUUUAUCUGAUCCAAAGCUCAGCUGGCUCCUGUUGUCUGAUAGACUGCUUACUAGAAGGUGCUUGAAGAAGGGUUUCAUCUGUUCUCUUAUCUCCUGCUAAGAUGGCCUCUUCAGAACCACUUUUUCUAAUUGCUUCUACUUUUCCAACCUUGCCACAGUCCACCUUCUGGGUACUGAGGCCACAGACAGAGGUUACCCGCUGUUAGCAGAGCUGAAUUUCCCUCCAUCUCUGCUUGUUGAUUUGCUAGUUCCAACUUGACCUCAUCUUUCUCCCAGGGUUUUCCAGAAAAUGACGAGAAACAAUGAACCCAUGCUGUUGAGCUCUAGGCUCUGUGGGCAUGUAGUCAGCCUUUCAGGAUGUCACAGGUGACAGUUUUACUAAAUGUUUUAUCAGAUAGCAUAGCACUGCUGAUCAGCUUUCUAGUCUGAAAUAUCUGGGUCCUUGGCAUCCAUUGCCCGACUGCUAAGCCGGUGUCGUAUGCAUUUUAGGUUCUACUAUGGCAGCAACCCACCUUGGGUACCAAAUUCUGUCUUAGAAAGGAUGAGUGCAGGGGCUGUGCCUGACACCUGGAAUAACAGUGACUUAAGUAAAGUGAGUAAGAGUCUGAGCUGGUAUGACAGCUUUGCUCUGAAAGUCAUAGGGUGUCAAGCCCCUUCUGUGUUGUCUCUUCCCCUCUUGUGGGUGUUGCUCUCAACUCUGGUCCAGGAUGGCUCACCGCUGUAUCCACAUACUGACCAGCAAGAAGGAAGAAAGGGGGAAGGGAAGAGAACACCCUUUCCUUUAAGGGCAAACCCACCAGUUGUAUACGUCACUUCUACUACCUUCUCAUUGGUCAGAACUUAGUCACAUGGCCACACUGGCUGCAUGGAAGGCUGGAAAAAAAUCAUAUACUCAACUGUCUAUUACUAUGAAAGAGAAAGGGGAAUGGAUAUUGGGAGUUUUGGUGUCUUUGCUCCAGAUGUAUUAUAAAAACCUUGGGUAAGCAAUCCACCUUCAACUUUUCCACCUCAUACUUCAUAUGAAAUUUUGAGCACUGUAUUUCUGAAAGCUAUGUUUUCUUUAUAUUUUCACUAACUAGGAUCCUGGUCUAGGCCUUCAGUCUGGUCUGCUGCGAAAAAAUAGUUUAAUUCAAGGGUUCUUAUCCUGGGCCCAUGGCUCCCUGUGAAUAGCUUUCGGAAAGUCUGUAUACUUUGCGCAUCUCUGUGUGUGUCUGUUUCUAGGCAAAGGGCCCACAGCUUCCAUUCAAUUCUCAGAGAUCCAUGUCUUCAAAAAGGUGAAACUGCUGACCUCACUGGUGUUAUCAUUUACAGCCUCGUUCUCUUCCAGCAUAGUCCAGUCUUUCUAAACCAUUGGUUUCUUUGAGUCAUUUUCCUACUCGGGUCUCAAAAGGCUCUACUUUGCCUCUCAGAAUAAAAUCCAAAUUCUUUAGCUUGAUAUUAUAUGCUGUUCAUAUGAUAUCUUUCUAGACAAUUCCAGGCUAUCCAAAUCUGAACACCCCCAACUCUCGGUGUGGGCCCUAGGACUCUAUUGAACUUUUCUGACUGUGUGCAGUGUUGUGUAGUGAUCAUCUUCUCACUUGCCUUGUGAGAUCCUGCCUGGUAAAGACCUUGUCUUAUGUUCCUCUUAUGUCUACACUUAGCUGAAUAUUUAUUAAAUGAUUUAUUCCUACUGAGAAAUGGAAAUAAGGUUCUGUAUAUACAAUUUACUUGUGACAUUUAGUGCAUCUGAAUUUAGCAUGUACAACCAUAACACCAUGUAUCAAGAAAGGAAGCACUUUGUGUAUUGGGUAAUACACUAUAUUACUAUGUUUUAGAAAAAGGAAUAACUUCUUUUUUGCUGAUGAAGACGAUUAAGACUUGCUGUGUUUUUCCUUAAAUUCUCUGUAAGUGUGUGCUCAUGGCCAGUUCCGUUAAUUAGAACAGGAUGCUGAUGAGGCCAAGGAUGUGGUUUGAUCAGCUCUAUUCUUUUUCAUGACCCUGCCAGUUGUCCUAAAAGGUACCAUCUUGGUUGAAGGGAAUGACUGAGUUAGUGUGAUGGCUCAUGUACAUAACUCUAUGGUAUUGGCAAUGUAAAUCAAAGGACAACCCUAGUCAAAAUGGACACAUGGCAUCCUCCCAUAUCAAAGGUGACAGCGAAGUGGGAGGAGGUGUGGUCAGAGGUACGGUUCCUCCCUUCUCCUCUUUGUGCUUCAUCAGCCUUCUUUCUGCAUAUGUUUGUCUUGGCUGAGAAUCAAUGCCUGCAGAGGAUGACUACAUCAUUCGCUAAGACUUUCAUUGUCUUAGGCUUUAGAGAGAUACUGAAUUUGCUUCUAGUAACCUUUGGGAUGGCAGUAGUUUCACUAGUUAAAAUUUGACCUAUAAUGAGCGUCCUUUGUAACUGACUAUUACUUGCAGCUUGUACUUUAACCUGGGUAAACCUCAGUUUUCACGUCACUUGGAUUUGUUCAUCAACAAUCCCAAUUUAAAGUGGAGGUGGGUUUAGGAGUGGUGAUUCAUGGAUAUAAGUUUCACUAUGGAGGAUUUGGAUUAUAAAAAAAAUAGCAGAAUUUAGAGACCCUCAGGAGAUGGAAGCCAUAGGAUUCCAAACAGUGUUUGGUGGUUACUGACCUUGGCAAUGAGCCUUAGUAGUUGAAGUGAGGUUGUAGAUACAUUGCAUGUUAGAAAUAACAGGAACCUUUACUGGAGUCAUGGGGAAAAUGGUUGAAGAAAAUCUGAUUGCAUUAGAGAUUUUUAAAAAUCUGGAUGAUUCUGGAGCACAAAUGUAGACCAAAAAAAGCUAAUGACAUUAGUUCUUGUACUUUUUGUUGUUGUUUUUAAUGUCUCAAUAACUUCUAAUUCUCUCAUCCCUUUCACUAUAGGCUGUGGACUUCCCUUUUGAAUUGUUAUUAGAGUGUAAUGGAUAAAACAUUGUAUUGAAGUCAAAUAUGCUUGAAUUCAAAUUCCAGCUGCUUCUUUACCUAUGUCACCUUUUGUUAGCCACAUGACCUCUUUGGGCCUCAGCUACUCUUCUGCGCAUGGGGGGACCUAUUUUAGAAUUGUUGCAAGAAUUAGCUAACAUGAUGUGUUUGAAAAAUCCAGUACAAUGCAUGCAAAAGUUAGUACUCAGUAAGCAGUCACUAUCACUUAUUAUCAACCUGUGACCCUUACUUAUCUAUCUUGGCAAUGAUUUAAGAAAGGAUUUAAAAAAAUGUAAAGGCAGAACAGGCUUUCUGUUUAAAGUCUGUUUUUUUUGCAAGAAAGAAGCAACAGGGAAAAAAUUUAUUUUGUAAAACUGUUGUGUUUGAGACGGGAAGGGAGGGUAUGAUAGAAAAUGAACUCAGUUGCACGGCCUAGGUCUAUCUGAAUUUAUUGAACAGAAUAUAGUAUGCUGGUACAAAGUCAUUUGGCUUUUAAUAUGGUUAUCUAUGGAGUUCCUAAGUUGAAGCUGGAGGCAGCCACCUCAUUUUAAUAGGGUUCUAAGGGAUUCCAAUUACGAAAUUCCCUUUCUUGGAGUUUUCACUGUUUUUAUAGAUAUCCAGUGCUCCCACUUGCCUUAAGCAUAUGCUGCCUUAAAUGGAAAUAGAACUAUGGAUAUGGUCUAGAAAUCUGGGGGGGAGACUAUUUAUGACCAGAUCAUAAAAUAGAACUGUAUUGACUUUUAGUUUAAGUACUAAGUUUAGUUUAAGUUGUCUGUCAGUGUACUUCAUGCUGGUUAAUUUGAACAUUUUUCUCCCUAAAACAAAACAGUGUUCUGUGUCCCUACCAUGUUUGCUUACAACAGAGAAUAAAGUAGUUGAUAUAGAGAUCCCUAUCAUAAUAGUUUUUAAUCUUGUAUUAGCUAAGGUUCUUUUAGUCACAAGCAACAGAAACCCACUCCAGCUAUCCUAAAGAGGGGAUUUUAUUUGAAAGAUACAAGGAUGUCUUCUAGAAGUGAAGGAUGUGUCAAGCAACCGAAACUCGGGUAGGGAGUAAAUCAGGGCUAACUCAGGGGAUAUUGGCAGGUGUGUGUGUGGACCCACAGAGCACUGCUGUUAAUGUGACUCAGUUCCUGUGUCAUCCAUACAUGUGUUGAGGGUCCCCAGUACCACCCUACGUUUGAGAUUCGCCACAAGGACUCAUGGCACUCAGCGUAUAGUUGUACUCGUGGCUAAGGUUUAUUACAGUGAUGUAAUAAGGUUAUACAGCUGGGUCAUAAUGGAAAAAGGCACAGGAAGAGCUGGAGGAUGUGUUGUGCAAGCUUCCUUAUGCUGUUUCUCCCAUGAGGGAUGACAGAGAACGCACUCUUCUUCAAGCGACGAAAACACAGAAACGUGUGUGAUGUUUCUGCCCCGGGAAGCCUAUUAGAGACUCGGCACCCAAGGUUUCUCUUGGGAAAUGGUCAUGUAAGCACCCUUUGCACAUGCCAAAAUUCCAGACUCCCAGAAGGAGAGCAGGUGUUCAGCAUAAACCACGCUGUUUGCACAGUUGAGGCAUAGAGGGCCACUCUUAUCAGUUGGGGACAGGUGAAGACAUUCCUGAACUCCAAGUUCCCGGACACCAGCCAACCUAGCAAGCAGCUUCUCUAAGGAUAAUAGUCUCAGGUUUACUCUUUUCUCAUAACAUCCCUCUCAAUUCCAAGUCUCAAAUUCUGGAAAGAUGGAAUCUGACCCACCUUGACUCAGGUGUCUUUGGAAUCCAUGAAUUUGUAGGGAGGCAGAGGAAGUGAUAUAGACAUGGUCACUGGAACCCACCCCCUGGAAUGGAAUUUCUCAGGAGAGAGGGAGUCAACAUGAGUGGGAAGGAUCCAUUGUGGGUCUUGUAUUUCCACGUUUGAGGGCUCUGGAAAGCUUUCAUCAUGAGAAUUCUGUGACUCUGUUACAACAUGCUGAAUCUCAGGACUGCAUUCAUGUAAUAACAAAUAUUUCUUGCGUCUACUGUAUGCCAGCCUCCUGAGCUGGGUGCAUGCCUCCAAUAUUUCCCAUUUUGUUUUGAAGAAGAGUAUCUAUGUGCUGUUGUUGUUUUCCUCUUCUCUCUGGCUUCUUAGGGAUUUAAACGUCAAAUUCAAUCCCUCUGAACUUUUGUAGAUAUCAUGAGUACUAAGUUUUUUGGGCAGUUUUAUGCCUAACAUAAAAGUAUUCAUUUUUCUCUUACAGUAAUCCUUCAAUUUAUACAGUAAUGGCAAGUUGUUAAAUGAAGAAUAUGUGUGUUCUAUUGCUGUGCCCUCAUUCUUUUAAAUCUUUUAAUGUCAUUAUUUGCUACAAGGUGAAGCACUUUUAUCCAAUGUAUUUGAAACUGGAAUUUGGCCAGUUAAUUUAAAAAGAAGUCAUUAAAGCAGGGCGUUUCAUAUCGAAAUGGGAGAUGCUUUAAGUAUUUUAACUUAAAGAUAUUUAUUUUUGUUGUUGGAUAUGCAAAUCUUUAAAAUUAAGAGGACUUAUGAAAGCAAUCCGAAUGCAAAAUCUCUCUAGAUUUUUAUGAUUUCUCCUCCAAUAUUUUACUUUUCCCCACAGCAAUAGCCUCAGGAACAGAUAUAACUGAUUCUUAUAAGCAUAUAGUGAAGUGAGGGCAGACGUGCUGGGUGUACCCGUGAGGACUCACAGAUCAAAGGCUCUGGGAGUGAAGGCGGCAGCAAGUCAGAGCGAUGGAUACAACUUAAAGAGCUCUUCUGUACAUGCUCACUGUGGAAAACUUAGAAAAUACGAUAAGCCACAAAAAAAUCAGGAAUUUGGACAUCACUAAGUUUUUGGUCUAUUUCCUUUAUAUUUAUGAAAUAUAUAUAUGAACACGUACAUACACAUAUGUAUGAAGUAUGCAGAUACUAAUAUGCUAUAUAUACUACAUAAUGAAAUAUAUAUUAUAUACUAUACACACAUUUUAACAAAAAGCAGGCUCAUGCUAUAUAUACUGUCUUAUAGUCUCUUUUGAUAUGAAUACAGUAAGAUUUUUCCGUGAAGCAUCCUCCUCCAACGUUAUUUUGCAAUGACUGUUGGGAAAUGGACAUUAGCUAUUAACCCUCGAGCACCUCCCUCAGAGCACUGGGGGUUUAUAAAGAGUUAGAGGACUAACAAUAGGGAAAUGUCAGCGAGGAAUGAGGAGGCAACCACUCCGCCUCAAUGUUUGAGAGGUGUGGGUGUGGGUCAUAAGUAGCUUUGUCAUCUAAUGAUGUCCUCUGGGGAAAGCGGAUUCCAGUCAGGACAGGAGUGCAAGGGAUGUUUAGGGAAAAGAUUAAGAAUGUAGGGAGAUUUGUUAAACAUGGAACAGAAUGCCAGAUGUCACAAUGGAAAGACCUGAGGGCAGAGAGGGAAGGGAUAUGGGACUGGGUCUGGGAGAAGAAACCAGAGCAUUGAAAUGAGGGUGUGAGAGAAAAUAGAUCGCCAGGCUGGAGUUGAUCACGGCCUUGCCAGGCUGGUGACGGUAUAUUGUGAGCACGGUCAUAAAGCUGCCCAAAUCAACCCCCUCUUCACUGGACAAGCCCUGCAGGAGAAUGUGCCUGAAAUCCAAGCCGUUGUGCAGACGCUGCAGGGACCUUUUAACACCACAGGAUUACUGAACAUGGGGAAGGACGAGGCCUCUCUUAAGGAAAUAUUAGCCUAUCUCAAUCAAAUCUACUGUGGGCAGAUUUCUAUUGAAACCUCCCAACUUCAGAGCCAGGAGGAGAAAGACUGGUUUGCCAAGCGGUUUGAGGAGCUGAAAAAGGAGACCUUUACCACAGAAGAGCGAAAACAUCUGUCAAAACUAAUGCUAGAGUCCCAGGAGUUUGACCACUUUUUGGCCACCAAGUUUGCCACAGUGAAGCGAUACGGAGGCGAAGGAGCUGAAAGCAUGAUGGGCUUUUUCCAUGAGUUGCUGAAACGGUCAGCCUACGAUGGGAUAACCGAUGUUAUUAUUGGGAUGCCCCACAGAGGGAGGCUGAAUUUAUUGACAGGCCUUCUGCAGCUCCCUCCGGAGCUGAUGUUCCGUAAAAUGCGAGGCUUGAGUGAAUUUCCAGAAAAUAUCUCAGCCACUGGAGAUGUCCUGUCUCACCUGACCUCCUCGGUUGACCUGGACUUUGGAGCACACCGUCCCCUCCACGUGACAAUGCUGCCUAACCCCUCGCACCUGGAAGCCGUUAACCCCGUGGCUGUCGGGAAAACCCGUGGAAGACAGCAGUCUAGACAAGAUGGGGACUACUCUCCAGACAGUUCGGCCCAGCCUGGGGACAAAGUCAUUUGCUUACAGGUUCACGGUGAUGCUUCUUUCUGUGGUCAAGGGAUUGUUCCUGAAACAUUUACGCUCUCUAAUCUCCCACAUUUCAGAAUUGGUGGGAGUGUCCAUUUGAUCGUCAAUAACCAGCUGGGUUACACCACUCCGGCAGAAAGAGGGAGGUCUUCCUUAUACUGUAGUGAUAUCGGGAAGCUUGUGGGCUGCGCCAUCGUCCACGUCAAUGGAGAUAGCCCAGAGGAAGUGGUUCGUGCCACCCGGCUGGCAUUUGAGUACCAGCGCCGGUUCCGGAAGGAUGUGAUUGUUGAUUUGUUAUGCUACAGGCAGUGGGGCCACAAUGAGCUAGAUGAGCCCUUCUUUACCAACCCAGUCAUGUACAAAAUCAUCAGAGCCCGGAAGAGCAUCCCAGAUACGUAUGCAGAGCACCUCAUUGCCAGUGGACUCAUGACCCAGGAGGAGGUGUCAGAAAUCAAAGCCUCCUACUAUGCAAAGUUGAAUGACCAUUUAACCAACACGGCGCACUACAGCCCCCCAGCCACCAACCUGCAGGCCCACUGGCAGGGCCUGGUUCAGCCGGAAGCUUGCAUUACCACCUGGAACACAGGUGUGCCACUGGACCUUCUGCGGUUUAUUGGCGGGAAGUCUGUGGAGGUGCCGGAGGAGCUCCAGAUGCACAGUCACCUUCUGAAGGUGUAUGCUCAGUCCAGAAUGGAGAAGGUGAUGGAUGGAACCAAGUUAGACUGGGCCACGGCAGAAGCUCUGGCCUUGGGCUCGUUACUUGCUCAAGGUUUUAAUGUCCGUCUGAGUGGCCAAGAUGUUGGCCGUGGAACUUUUAGUCAGAGGCAUGCAAUGGUUGUUUGCCAGAAGACAGAUGACACCUAUAUUCCUCUGAACCAUAUGGACCCUAAUCAGAAGGGGUUUCUAGAGGUGAGCAACAGCCCGCUGUCAGAAGAGGCUGUCCUGGGAUUUGAGUACGGGAUGAGCAUCGAAAGCCCUAAGUUACUGCCCCUCUGGGAGGCUCAGUUUGGGGAUUUCUUCAAUGGUGCCCAGAUCAUCUUUGACACGUUCAUCUCUGGAGGAGAGGCCAAGUGGCUCCUCCAGAGCGGCAUUGUUAUUCUCCUUCCACACGGGUAUGACGGGGCUGGACCUGAGCACUCCUCUUGUCGCAUAGAACGUUUCUUGCAGAUGUGUGACAGCAGAGAAGAGGGCGUAGAUGGAGACACGGUGAACAUGUUUGUGGUCCACCCGACUACUCCUGCACAGUAUUUUCACUUGCUUCGGAGACAAAUGGUUCGGAACUUCAGAAAGCCCCUGAUUGUUGCUUCUCCUAAGAUGUUACUCAGGUUCCCUGCAGCUGUGUCAACUCUUCAAGAAAUGGCACCUGGAACGACAUUCAAACCAGUCAUUGGUGACUCAUCUGUGGAUCCAAAAAAUGUUAAGAGUCUAGUGUUCUGCUGUGGCAAACAUUUCUAUGCCCUGCUGAAGCAAAGAGAAUCUUUGGGGGCCAAGAAGCAUGACUUCGCCAUCAUCCGAAUAGAGGAACUCUGUCCUUUCCCGUUGGAUUCAUUACAACAAGAGAUGAGCAAAUACAACCACGUUAAAGACUUCAUUUGGAGCCAGGAGGAGCCUCAGAACAUGGGUCCAUGGUUUUUUGUUUCUCCGAGGUUUGAAAAGCAACUGGCCUGCAAGCUGCGUCUGGUGAGCCGACCCCCUUUGCCAGCACCUGCUGUAGGAAUUGGCGCUGUUCACCUGCAGCAGCAUGAAGAUGUCCUCACCAAGACCUUUGCUUGAUGAAGUCCUUUGAAGAAAUCCUACUGCCUUUUAAGAAAACUGCCACAAAAAGGAAGGCCUUCCUCUCCUCUCUCCUCCUUCUGUCAGGUAACGUGAAAAGACUAGAUUCCUCCAGGAUGUUGAGAUUGAUGAGAACAGUUCAACCUGGAAUACGUGGAAUAGUCAAAGGAAUCGUUCAUCAAUACAGGAACCUGACAAGUACCUUUCAUCCUUAAAAGUACACUCGUGUUUAUUUUGGUUAGAUCUGAGUGAGUUGUGUAGCUAGGUCCUUAUCCAGAUGUUUUCAGACUCUCCUCUUUCUAAUUAACUUUCUAUACCCAGGAAAAGUUCUUUAGCCUGAAUUUACAGCUACAUAUAGAUUACCUCAAUGACUUGCUUGGUGCAUGUCACUUUCGUUGAUUUUAUUCAAAGCCCUGUGGACUACCAAUGUGUUCAUUUUAUGUCGUCUCUGGUGCUGCUUUCCAGCUACUGUGAAAAAUGUUUCACCAAACACUGUAGCAAAACUAUAUUGGUUUGUCUUCUUCAAGAUCGUUUUUUCACCCAUUAUCGUUAAAUAUAGGUCCUAUUAAAUAUGAA